AUUUGCUCGAGAGUCGGUUGAAUGUUAACGAAUAUAAAAAUGUCAGAGCAGGAUCAAAGGGAGAAGAUUAGCGCUUGGUUAAGCAGUACUGACGCUAAGAGAGAGUUCUUCCUGAAUAGUGAUGAUCUGGACAUGCUGAACUACCAACACCGUCAAAUGGAACCUCCUGUGAGAGGAAGACCCGUGAAACUAUGGAAUCCUAAAGAUUUAGAGAAAGCGGCAAUAGAGAAGUACGGAAAGAAAGAAUUCCUAGCCAAGCUUGACAGAAGGGCUCGUCGAAAGCCGAAUCAUUGUGCAAUUUUCAACAAUGGAAAGGAAUCUAUUGAGAUUAAACACACAGAGGGAAAGAAGAGAAAGAGAGCACCGAGCAAGGAUAGUGAUGACGGUAAUGAUAAUGGUGAUGACGAGUCCUAUGGUGGACUUGAGGAGCUUUGUGUUGUUAUAAAGAAAUGUAAUAAGGAGCAGCUGGAGCAGAUUGUAACACUUAUGGCGCAAACUGAUUCUUCAUUUUUGGAACUUUUUAAGAAGGUAAAGCUAGUUUCCUUGUUACCAAGAUCAAAAUUCCAGACAGCCUAUCCAGAGCUUGCAAAGCUCCUUUCUACAGAAAAAGAUGAUAAUGACUCAGGUCACACAGAAUGCACAGAUGAUGAUGAUGACAAAGAAGUAGGAGAUGAUGACAAGAGAGCUUCAAAUAUGGAUUUAGAAGGGUUGUGGACUCUGAGUAUUGUAACACCUACUCGUAGAAAAGGUGAAGAAGGGUCAUUAGAUAUAAUUUUUUUCAGCUCAGGGUCCAGUGUCGAUGGCAGUAUUUGUUUUCCAUCUUCAUGUUGUUUAGGGGAUAUUGUGGGAUUCAAAACAAAUGGCACAAUGGAGGACACAAACAUUUGUUUUGAGACAAGAAGUGAAUCAAAGCAUGAAUGGUACACUGGUGUACUACAAACUUUUAUUUCAAGAGAUGAAGAAGGAGUUCAAGUUUCAGGGUCUUUUUGGCCAGGUUUCAAAAAGCAAGAUUUACCAAAUACCAUACAUUUUACUGGAAGAAAAGCUGGGGCUACAACAGCUAAAAUCCAAUGAGGAAACAUAAUAGCAUUUUUUCUUUUUCUGCUUGAACCGGUUUUCUUGAUUUUUGUUCAAAUAUAAAAAAUUAACUUGGAAUAUCCCAAAUUAUGAUUAAUUGAGCUUCCAAUAUGCAACAGGAGUAAUGAGAAAUCUUAACUUUGUAAUAAGCAAUUUUGUUUAAAAAGAAAUUCCCACUUACAUGCUUAGGCUGUUCUAUGUCUAGAUAAAAAACACAAAGCUUUUGCAAUCUUUUCCAAACAGAAUAUUUCUAAAUUAAGCGGGUUUGAUUAUUAUUUUGUGAUUUCUAGGAGGUGGCAGUUACUUUGUGGAAAGAUAGUAAGUUAAUACUUCCGGUCAAAGAGGAUAGGAUUUUUUUAAUUGGAUGAUG